AUGGACGGCACGACAGCGGCGUGGUUCCAGUGGAUGUUCAAUGGGGGGACGAUCAAUACAUGGACAGCUUUCACUUUGGCCUUACGUCAAAGAUUUGGUACGUCUGCCUUUGUGAAUCUGAAAGGGGCAUUAUCCAAGUUAACUCAGGUUUCGUCUUUACGGGAUUACAUACAACGUUUUGAAUCGUUGGUGAAUCAAGUGCCUGAAUUGGAUGAUGAUUUACUAAUGAAUUUUUUUGUCUCGGGAUUACAACCGGAGUUACGAAGUGCAGUACAAUUGAGGGGACCCAUCACCCUUCAUCAAGCUGUUCAACUGGCAAUGGCUUACGAUGACCAUCAUGGAGAACUCAGAGCUUCUUUUUCUGGUGGUUCGAAAAGGUUUUUUCCUAAACCUGUUACCUCUGUUGAGCAGACUGCUCCCCCAACUUUGGGCUCGACUCACAACCAACCAUUGGCUUUGCCUCCUCCUUCCAAUUUAAAACGCUUGUCUAAUGAGGACUUGCAUAAGAAACGGGAGUUGGGCUUAUGCUAUACUUGCGAUGAGAAGUGGACCAAACAGCACAGAUGCAAGUCCAAACUCAUGAUUCUAAUAGGUGAAGACAGUUCUCUGGAACCUGAUCCAGAUGAAGAACAUAUUGUGUGGCAUACUGAGCAAGGAUUGGGUGAACACAUGGAUGCUUCUUUGCAUGCGUUAUGUGUGAAUCAACACCAGCAUGCUUUGAAGUUUAUUACCUCUUUGCAAGGUAAACUCAUUUCGAUUUUGGUUGACUCAAGGAGCACUCACAAUUUCAUACAGAGCCAGUUAGUUACACAGCUUAAUCUGCCAAUGGUACGCUCACAAAAAUUAAGGGUAUUCCUUGGUAAUGGGGAAUUUUUACUCUCAGAUUAUAAAUGCCUGCAAGUACCUAUCAGAUUGCAAAAUAUCUUGUUUCAUGUUGAUUUCAGGGUAAUUGAUUUAGCUAACCUUCAUGUUAUUUUGGGAAUGCCUUGGCUACAAUUGCUUGGGAGGGUGACUCGUGAUUACAGGAAGUUCACCAUGGAAUUUUCAUGGAAAGGAGGUGCUGUGGUCCUUCAAGGCACGCAACCAUCACAGGAGCGACAUUCUCCUAACCUCCAAACAAGUAAAGAAUGUGCUACGUGUUGUUCCAUGCACUUGUUAUCUGGACAGGCAACUACAGUUGAGGUCCAUUCUGAAAUUGCAACACUAGAGGAUAAGCUGGAACCGAGUUUGUGGGAAGUAAUUUUUGCUCACCAGGAGAUUUUUGUUGUUCCUUCUGAACUUCCUCCAUUUCGUGGCAUGGAUCAUUCUAUACAUUUGUUGGAAGGUUUUAAACCAAUAAAUGUUAAGCCUUAUAGGUAUGCACACUCUCAGAAAACAGAGAUUGAGAAGCAAGUAGCCAGAUUGCUUACAUCUGGGUUCAUUCAGUAUUCACAUAGCCCUUAUUCUUCUCCGGUGCUUUUGGUUAAGAAACAAGACAACACAUGGCGUAUGUGUAUUGAUUACAGGGCCCUAAAUGCUGCCACCAUUAAGGAUCGUUUCCCAAUUCCCACCAUUGAUGAAUUGUUAGAUGAAUUGGGAGGUUCUUCUAUAUACUCCAAGUUGGAUUUGAGAGCGGGAUAUCACCAAAUUAGGAUGCGACCUGCUGACAUUCCGAAGACGGCAUUUCGAACUCAUGAGGGCCACUACGAGUUCUUAGUCAUGCCUUUUGGUUUGACUAAUGCCCCAGCUACUUUUCAAACCAUGAUGAAUCAUAUUUUCAAACCUUAUCUUCGCAAAUUUAUCAUUGCCAGCAAGUGUGCUUUUGGUGUUGACACUAUUGAUUAUUUGGGUCAUGUUGUCUCCAAACAAGGUGUCUUUGCGGAUCCCAAGAAAAUUGAAGCAAUGUUGCAGUGGCCAGAGCCUAAGUCUCUUAAACAACUCCGUGGGUUUUUAGGCUUGACGGGUUACUAUAGGAGAUUUGUUAAAGGCUAUGCUUCCUUAGCUUUACCCUUAACGGAUCUUUUGAAGGGUGCUGACAAAUUUACCUGGACUUCUGAGGCAGCUGUAGCUUUUUGA